UCGAGCAGAAGCAAUCUCUCGCUGCCGCGGGAACACGCCAUAUAAAAGGCUCUCUGUGCACUUGUCGCUCGAUAGUUUUUAUUCGCACCUCGAACGCACACUUCAUACCUACGCUAUGGAGUUACUGAAAUUUACUACAUUACUAUGUUGCACAUACAUAGCUUUCGCCUCUGAACACAAGCAUAUAAUCCCCGUGGAGAACUACGACACAGAACUCCAAGAUCUGGGUCAGCAUGUAGAGGUACCAGAAACUCCUGUUAGAAUUAUAAAAAUUACAAAGACCAUAGCUGUUAAGAUUCCCGUACCCUAUCCGGUGAAAGUAGUGGAAAAAGUACCUUAUCCAGUGCACGUUUCAAAGCCCUAUCCUGUGCCAGUGCCGCAGAUCGUUAAGGUGCCACAUGUGAUUAGCUCAAAGGACAAUAACGACCACGAAGCAUUAGAUAGUCCUUACCAGGGCCAGGGUCAAUUCGGCGGAAACACUUACCAAGUACAAGAACAUGCAUCUCAUGGGUAUAGUCCUGACUCUGAAAAUGUCUAUCACGGUGAUGGGGGUUACGGAAGCGGAUCACAAGGAGCCGGUGACGAAUACUCGCUGCAAAACUCCAACGAAGACUUCGCCGGGGCCAAUAGUUACAACCAAGCUAUUAAGAACUAUUUAGAAAAUCAUGGGUCUGGUAACCAGGCUCCUGUGUCACAUUACUAAUUACAAAAAUGUAUAAACCUGGUGGUAUGGCUGUACCUGAACAAAUUUGUACAUAGUAACCAUAUUUGAAACUGUGAUCUUCGGAAAGAAAUAAAAAUCUCUUUGUAUAAUUUGUAUAAGCCAAACCGUUCGAAACAUUAUGCCCAAAUAGUCUGAUUCAAUAGAUGUAUUCUGUUUUGUUGCUACAUGUGUAUGUACUAAUGAUAAGUUGUUAUUUAUAGUGUGAUCGGUGACGCGUCGCUUGUAUAUAUGAGAAAUACAAAAUAUAA